UACAGUUGAAUCAUGUGAACGAGCAUAAAAAAAAUGGAAAAAUUCGCGCGUGAGAUAUAGCAAUGCCAUCGGCUAGUGAUAAGAUAUAAAAUAUCCCUAGACCGUCGGAAAACGUGUGCAAACUUUAAAAGGAAAUUCCCUAAGUCCUAGGGAAAAUUGACGUUAAGAUAACCUCAUUGUGUAGAAAGUGUCAAGAUUGGGUAAUAUCGCAUUUUGCUUGAGCAAUUUUUAAUCGUAAUUGAUAAGAAGGGCUUGAUGUCAUCCUGAUGUUACGAAAGAAUAGAAACGCUAUAUCCUCCCUGCACUGAAGGCUGCACCAGCACAAAAUACAAGGACAGAGUCUCCAGUGAUUGGCGAUUGAACAUCCGAGACAUGUGAACCAAAGAGAAGAGUGAGAAACAAUGCAGGAAGAUACAUUUCCGGCCGCGGAAAAAAUCCUUUCUGAUAUCGACAAUGUCCUGAGGAAGGAUCUGAAUCUUGUCAGCUUUGAGAUAAUUCCUGCAUUGGAUAACGAGAAUAAAUCUCCCGUGUUCCAUGCUGAAAAUUCGUUGGGCUUGGCGUCCUGGAGCGUGAAACCACUUUAUUGUUAUGCCUACAACCGACUGCUGGAUCUACGAAGAAACAAACAUAGACGCGAAGAUCCAAGCGUGGUAUCAAGAUGGCUAAUGGGUGCACUUCUCUUGAAUCCAGAUAUCUCAACCUUCUGGAACAUGAGGAGAGAGCUAAUAAAAAGUGGCCGACUGGAUCCAACGGACGAGCUGCGUUUUGUCGCCAUAGUUCUCUAUUACAAGGCCAAAUGCUUCGAGGCUUUCGCCUAUCGACGAUGGCUCCUUCAGUAUAUGCUGGUUGAACAGAAGCAGCCACCCACCGACGUCGAGACGCUGCUACGUAACGAAAUUCACGUGGCCUCCAUGUCGGCUGAUCGUUACGCGAAUAACUGUCAUGCUUGGAGCCAUCGUGAACACGUGGUAGGAAAUUUUGAGGCUCUAGUACCUGCAGCUUACAUGUCUUUGUUGAAAGAGGAAUGGACGAGCUCUGAAAAGUGGUGCACAAAACACAUUUCGGAUUACAGUGGCCUGGCGUACCGGCAGUUUCUACUGAAAAGUCUUUUGUUGUCAGAAAAUUCUGUCACAGCGUCGGACAACAUCGUGGGACGUCGUGAAAUCUUAUAUGAAUUCGUUAAACCAAGUAUAAGAGAAUCUACUGAAGUUUCUAUCUUGCGCGACGGAUCGUCUAACGAGGCUCUCGAUCUUUUACAUGGAUUCGAUACUGGCAACCGAUCGGAUAUCGAUUACGAUCGAUGUCUGAUUAAUCUUUCUUAUUUAACGGAAGAGUGCAUGUUCAAUGAUGACCUGACAAGGUCGUACCCCGAUCACGAGGCUCUUUGGUAUCAACGCAGAUUCCUAGCUCAUACAAUCGUCGUCUUGACGGCUUCUUACGAAAAGUAUUCUUCAUACAAGAUCGAAUUGUUUGACCCUAGAUUGAAAAUCAGGCAGGACAAGAUCGUCAACGAAACAGGGAAUCGAAGCAGCGUCAGUCGUCUCGAGGUUGCCUUCCAGGAUCGAAGCAAAGAGAUUAUCAAGAUUGCCAAAAGUUGCGGCCAUCAUCAGAGUACCAUGGCUGAGAAAUUUCAAAAAUUUCUCACAACGAUCAACGUACAAUUAUAACUGAAGUUUAAGUAUCUAUCGGUCGUUGAAAUUGUAUUUUUAAAUAAAAUAAAUAGUCCAAGUGCAACAAUGGCUCAGCA